AUGGAUAUUGCAGGACUGACUUCGAGGUCAGGCUUCAAAACCGGGGAUGCAUGGGGUCCGUUGGCUUCUGUAGGUCGCAAACAGGUCAUGCUCAUUAAAGCCCUAAUAUCUGCCUAUGAAAUUCUUCUUGGAGAUCUACAAAGAAUCAGCAAGGCAAUUGACCAUGCACUUGAUUUGACUGAUUGUACUUCCAAGCUGGAUGAUAUGAAGUUUGUUGGUUCUGUGGACUGCACAGUUUUAGGACAAUUCUCAGGCAUGCAACAGAAUGGUGUUGAGAAGGCCAAAGUUAAAACUGAUUUAAGUGAUGAACUGUCUUACUCUAUAUCAUGGGAUGAUCUAUUAAAUGCUUUUCAAAUACUGGGCAAUCAAAUUUUGUACUUGUGGAAUACAUUUUUGAUGUUUCACCGGGCUAACAGAGCAAAGGUAAUGGAAUUUCUGUGUGAUACAUGGGCUAAUGAUCGGAAAGCUGAAUGGUCAAUAUGGAUGGUGUACUCCAAAGUUGAAAUGCCUAGUCACUUCUUAAGUACUGGAGUUGAUGAAUCUUACCAGCCCUUCCAUGCAAAAGCUUUGAGUUUGCGGAAGUAUAGCGUCAGUGAAGAUCCUGCACAAAGUGCAGCUAUGCGUGCUGAGCUACAUUGGCGAAGCAUUGCUCAGAUGAGAAUCAACAAUCGAUCACUUCAGGACAUGCACAUUUUUGGAGAUCCUUCACAUAUUCCUAUUGUAAUAGUAGAACAUGUCACGAGUGCACCAUUACUUACAACCAGUGGAAAUUCAUAUUUUAGCCAGUUAGACCAGAGAGAGAACCAUGGAUUUCUCAUUAGACCUAGCGUUGAAGCUAUAAAAAAGUCAACUGGAGCUAGCUCACAACCAUCUGAUCAUGUUUUGAAAAUAGUUGUCUUUGUACAUGGGUUUCAGGGACACCAUUUGGAUUUACGGCUUGUUCGAAAUCAAUGGCUUUUAAUUGAUCCCAAGAUAGAGUUUCUUAUGUCAGAGGUAAAUGAGGAUAAAACAGAUGGAGACUUCAGAGAAAUGGGACUAAGGCUGGCGGAGGAAGUGAUUUCUUUCCUUAAAAAGAAAAUGGAUAAAGUCUCAAGAAGUGGAAAUUUAAGAGAUAUCAAGCUUAGCUUUGUUGGGCAUUCUAUUGGAAAUGUUAUUAUAAGAAGUGCAUUAACAGAGAGCAUGAUGGAACCAUACCUGAGAUUCUUGUAUACAUAUGUUUCUAUAUCUGGUCCGCACUUGGGGUAUCUGUAUAGCUCAAACUCUUUAUUUAACUCUGGGUUAUGGCUCUUAAAAAAGCUCAGGGGCACACAAUGCAUUCAUCAACUUACUUUCUCAGAUGAUCCAGAUCUCCAGAAUACUUUCUUCUAUAAUCUUUGUAAGCAUAGGACGCUGGAGUUCUUCAGAAAUAUAAUCCUGUUAUCUUCACCCCAGGAUGGGUAUGUUCCGUAUCAUUCAGCUAGAAUCGAAAUGGCCCAAGCAUCUCUUUGGGACAAUUCAAAAAAGCGUGCCGCCUUCUUGGAGAUGUUAAAUAAUUGCUUGGACCAGAUACACACUCCAUCUGAGCAUAGAGUCUUCAUGCGCUUUGACAUUAACUUUGAUACCACUUCUCAAGGUAGGAAUUUAAAUACUCUGAUUGGACGGGCUGCUCAUAUUGAAUUUCUGGAGUCUGACAUUUUUGCUAGGAGACCUGCUUCUGAUGAUAUUUCAGGUAUGUUGAACCGGGCCAAGUGAGGAAUGAAAAACUGCAGAAGCUGAAUGACUAGGUCUAACCAUCAUUGGAAGUCCUAAUUUUGCACGGCUUCUAGGCAGACCCUGUCAUUUAAUACGGGUCGAAGGAUAGAUUUUCAGGGCUGAGCUGCCUAGUGAAUGACACUGAAAUGUCGGGCCACUGUAAAUUAUUGGCUUGAAAUUUUGGUUCACGAUAGAAGAAAGUUUUUCUUUCUAUGGGAAUUUUCAGUGAUACUACAGGCCUUUUAAUUCUGUGGUAUUACCUGUUGUAUUUCAAGCCUCUAGAUUUCAAGGGCGGAUUGGACAUCGUGGAUUAGUUUUCUGCCUGUAAUUGUACCAAUCUCUUAGUACAAAAGAAGAAAACAAACUAUUCUUGUAAUAUGUUUUUUAAUUUUAAGUUGCAGGUAAUAUUUUUGUUCUGUAAACUUAAAGGUGAGAUGUAUUCAAGUCUUAAAACGUUCUUUGCCUGCCCCAUUUUCACUUGUUUCCUUGAUAUGGUUGAUGAAUUCUUCAGUUCUUAG